UCCCCAAAAAAACUCAAACCUUGAACAUCGUACAAUGUUUUCUCCCAAAAUUCUCGUCUAGGUCUUUCAGGUUUCUUGUUUUUCAUUCCCCUAAAAAUCCAAACCUUCAACAUUUAGACAUGAGUAAUUCAGAAAACAUUCCAACGUUCAAGAUGUCACCUUUCUCAUCAUCCAGCAGCAGCGAUAUCAUUGACGUGACGCCUCAAUUCCCGAUGAGCAACCAACGCUUUGAACACAAUCAGCGCUUUGAACCACGUUCAGCAUCCGAUGGUUUCCAUUCCUUCAGAAGGACAAGAGUUCCGGACAACAAUCAGUCCAAUGCACUGAUGGGUCCUCCAACAAACAGAGGAGCGAGCAACAUUUUCUUCAAGACCCGUAUUUGUACUAAGUUCGGGUUUGGUACCUGUAGAAACGGUCAAAAUUGUACCUUUGCUCACGGGGUUGAUGAGCUAAGACGGCCACCACCAAACUGGCAGGAGCUUGUUGGUCCUCGCACUGAAGAACGGCUGCAAUUGGGUGGAAAUUGGAGUGAUGAUCAAAAAAUCAUUCACAGGAUGAAGCUGUGCAAGAAGUAUUGCAAUGGGGAGGAAUGUCCUUAUGGUGAUAAGUGUAACUUUCUUCAUGAGGAUCCAGCCAAGUAUAGGGACGACUCUUGGAAAACAAGAGAGUUCUCUGAAAUCAGCAUAGGAACUUCUAAUAAUUUGGAAGGCAGUAGGGCUGGAACUAAGCAGGAAAGGGGCACUUAUUGGAAGACUAAGACCUGUCUCAUGUGGAUCAAUACCGGGAGCUGCCCCUUUGGUGAUGGAUGCCACUUUGCUCAUGGAGAUGCAGAGUUACAAAUUCCUGUUCCUGGUGGAGGCAUUGAAGCUGAAGCUGAAGCUGCAGCUGCCAUAGCAAAUUCAACAAAUGAUGUCAUUCCAACAUUACCAACAACAGGUUCUUCUGUCAAUUAUGCACCUACUACCUUACCGGCAAAUGUACCUGUGGCGACGGAUGAGGAGAAGAAGGCCAAGAAGGAAUUACUUUGGAAGAAAUUAAACAAGAUCAACCGUAUUUAUGGCGAUUGGAUUGAUGAUUUAUCUCCCGACUUGCCAAGUACCGCGGAGCCCUGAGUUAAAUUCUAUGCUCUUGGAAACAGUCCAUGUCUGGAUGAGGAUUCUUCUCUGUUGAUAAAUAAUUUUGGAAACAUGGUCAUUGGCAAUGGUGAUCAGUUCAUAUAAUUACCUUUUAUUUCUUCAUUUUACUGGUAAUUAGUACAUUUGUAUGGUCACAUACUCGUGCAUUUGUCAGUUUGAGGGGCGUUUCGAUGAAUUCAGUAACUUUUGGUGGGAUUCUAGUUUGGGUGAACAUGGGUCAAAUUUCUGAACCAAAGUUGAUAUCAUAAAUAUGUUAUAUCAUACAUAUACU